AUUACUUCCUGUUUGUGAAUGCAUUGACAUUUAGUAGGAAGACAUGGCAGUUAUGGUUUCCAAUUCGCAGAAGACCGCAAAAAGACUUCUUGUUGGAGCGAUCGAUUUUGGAACGACUUACUCCGGCUGGGCCUUUUCUUUUAAACAUGACUAUGAUUCGGAUCCGACAAAAGCAACGACAAAACAUUGGCUGCCGAGAUCAGGAACAUUAGUGACAGAAAAAACACCGACAUGUGCAUUGGUUAAUCCUGAUGGUAAAACAUUGAAAGCGUUUGGGUACGAUGCCGAAAACGAAUAUAGACAAAUACUUGAAAAAGGAGAAGAAGAAUAUUAUUUCUUCUUUAAACGAUUCAAAAUGGAACUCUAUUGUAAGAUGGGCAAAGACUUAAAAAGAGACAUAACAAUCAACGACGAAUCUGGCAGACCUCUUUUAGCAGCUGAUGUCUUUGGAAUGUCAAUCAAGUUCUUGGUAGAUGACAUGUUGAAUAAUGCUGGCAAGGGUAUAGAUGGUAUAAUCAGACACUCUGAAAUUCACUUAGUUGUAACAGUUCCUGCAAUUUGGUCCGAUGCCGCUAAACAAUUCAUGCGUGAAGCUGCUGAAAAGACUGGUUUAUGUAAAGAACAACUAACAAUCGCACUGGAACCCGAAGCGGCUUCGUUGUAUUGCAGGCAUGUUCAUAUGCAUAAACGUGGUGAGAUUGGCAAUGUUUCGAUGAACAAGUUACCAAUUGGCACCAAAUACAUAGUUGUUGAUGCAGGAGGCGGAACAAUAGACGUAACAGUGCACGAGACAGGAAGUGAGCACACAUUGAGAGAAAUAAGACCUGCAAGUGGUGGCGAUUGGGGAAGUAUAAUGGUUGACAAAGAAUUUGAAAAUUUGCUUAUACAUAUAGUAGGACGAACAGUUUUUGAAAAAUUCAAACACGAAGAAAAAGAAGAUUGGCUUGACAUGCAACGAGAAUUUGAGUCACGGAAACGAGAGACGACUGUAGACAGUGAAAGUAUAGUAGGGAUGAGAAUACCUGCAUCACUAAUUGAUCUUUACAAUCAAGACUCACAACGUGACCUCUGUACUUCAUUAGCAUCGUCUCAGUAUGCUGGUCUGAUUGAGCUUAAACGGGAUAAGAUGAAGAUUUCUAACAAAGUCUUUGUUCAAUUAUUCGACGCGUCAGUGACAAAGACGGUUGGUCAUUUGAAGUCAGUGCUAUCCGACGGCUCACUGAAAGACGUGAGAAUUUUGCUGAUGGUUGGUGGUUAUUCUGAAUCACCGGUUUUACAACGUGCCGUGUCAGAAGCAUUGCCGGGAACUGAAGUUCUUAUACCUGCCGGCGCUUCAUCGGUCGUAUUAAGAGGUGCUCUGAUAUAUGGACACAAUUCUUCUUCAAUAAGUGAAAGGAUUCUCAAGUUUACCUACGGCACUGCUUACACCCCAUUUUUUAUAGAGGGAAUUCAUCCAAGGAGCAAACGAUUUAAAGAAAAAGACGGUAGUAUUAGAUGUUUUAAUGUCUUCGACAAACUUGUGAAAACUGGGCAAUCAGUGAAAACAGGAGAAACACAAGUAAAGAAAACAUAUGUUACAAUUUUAGGUAAUCAGAAGAUUAUGCUGUUUAAAAUCUAUGCUUUAGAGAGAGAUAGAGAAGACCCCGUUUACAUUGAUGAUGAUGAAUGCCAUAAGAUAGGAGAAUUAGAGAUAGAGUUUGAUGAGGAAAGUAAUACAAGUAAAAGAAAGGUUUCACUUUCUAUGUUAUUUGGUGGGACGGAAAUCAUGGUUGAGGUAGAAGACAUAUGUACUGGGAAGAAGAAGAUAACUACAAUUGAUUUUCUUGGGUAAUAUUGGAAAAGUAGAGAAUAAAAAGAAAAAAAAAAGAAGAAAA